GUGGAGUCCGCACCCGGAAAUGUGGGCUUUUUUGACCAGUUAUUGGCUCUUAAAUGGGUCGGUUGUAGAGUAGCCAUAAUCGUAAGUUCACAUGUGAGAGAAAAUAUUCAUCAAUUUGGUGGGGAUAAGGAUCAGAUCACCAUAUUUGGUGAGAGCGCCGGUAGUUGGUCCACAUCGGCGCACAUAGUGUCGCCGCUAACUAAAGGCUUAUUCCGGAGGGCUAUUAUGCAAAGCGGUGCCCAUAUGUACAACAAGGACAGGGAUGUCAUCAGCAAAUCGGAGGCUCUAGAUCUGGCUAAACAAACGGCGCGACAACUGAAUUGCAGUGAUGAUGACCAAUGGUUGCAAUGCCUUAAAGGUGUCGGCGCUGACGACCUCUUACAGCAAGAGACCAAACUCGAGACAUUCCCGGUGUUGGGCACCGAGUAUUUGCCACUUUCCGAGCAAAAGGCAUUUUUGGACCACAAAUUCAAUAAAGGCAUCGACUUAAUGGCAGGCAUUACCCAAAACGAGGGGUCGUUCCUGUCGAGAGCCAUCGACAGGCACAUCGAGGGUAUGACUGUCGAUAGGUUUCAGGAGGACGUCCUCAAAACCGAUCACAUGUUUCACGGACUGGACGUCCAAAAGGUAACCGAUUUCUACCUGAAGGGUGUCAACCGCACGGAUCCGGUGGCCAUUCGGUGGGCUUUCUAUGACUUUUUCGGCGACCUCUUCAUGAAGUGUCCGACGUAUCUGUUCGCCAAACGGUUCAAGACUAUUGUCAAACACCGGAAAAACGUCUACUUUUACGUACUUACUUAUGUGAACCCCUUGGCGGCCAAACUGCUUAAUUGUGACCCGGCUACUAUGGGCGUGUGUCACACCAUGGAUAUACCCUUUGUGUUUGGUUUGCCGUUAACUUUACCGCAAGUUUUUACGCCCGAAGACCAAGUGUUUAGUCGACAAGUCAUGAAAAUGUGGACAGAUUUUGCUAAAUACGGUAAACCGGAUGAAGUUUGGCCGCAACUGUUGGAUAAUAAUGUGGUAAAAGUCCGUGACUUAAAUCCAGUGAAUAUAAGCCGGGACUCCAGAAGUAUUCAGAAUUUAGGUUAC